AUCUAGUACACAAACAGACAUGGGCCGUGUCUUUAGUUAAUUUGCCAGCGAUUUAUAAUGCCUGUAAUAUUGAUGACGAUUUGUACAACAGUACCCAGGAGAUAUUUGUGCAUGCAGUCAUCUGUGCGCGUCAUUUUAGUCCGUGUCAGAGUAGCAGAUUGCAUCGCGUUACGCGGAAAAGUCCGACGUUGAUGCAACAUGAAUGGAAUGGAGGCCUGAGAGUGUUGCUUGGACUGUUAAUAUCAGGUGAAGUCCCAGAUAUCAGUAUUUGGCCCCCCUUAGGAGGAAAUUUUAUCAGCAUCGGUGAUAACUUGUGCUCACAAAGCGUGUACAUAUAUCGAAUUUAUAUAUUUGACUUUAAUGGAUUUUAAAUAAUUACGAAUUGCAAGAAAGUAGACAUGAAGCUAGGCAAGAAAAAGUGCCAAUGACAACCUCGCUGCCUGAUUUGCUGUUUUGCGCAAAGACUUCAAGAUUAGGGAUCAAGGUACCGAUAUUAAUAUCAGUGACAUCAAUCAAUUGGAUUGAAAAUUUAACGUGUUUAUGUGAAACAGUUGGAGGUACCAUGAAGCAUCCAGUUUAGCGAAUGAUCUCGUUAAUGACAAUGAUCACAAACAACAACACCUUCGGAAUUAGCCCAGUGGGCAAAGGGUCCCGCCGGAGAAGUUAUGGAUUGGUUAAUGAAAAUGGAGAGAAAUCUAUGUGGAAGGAAUUCUCUUUAGCUCACAUCAAGGAGACCUUCAAAAGUCUGCAAAUGGAAGAAUUGUACCAAUACUACUGUGUGCACAUGAAGAACUCCUUGACAAUUGCACUUGUUGUCAUGGCAACCCUUAUAUGUCUUACCGUUUUGUUCUAUCACCUUUUUGACACUCAGGACACAACGAGUACAGAAUUUAUCUCACAUGUAGCAAUCUUAUCCUCGGGAAUUGCUGGAAACUGUUUGUUUUUUGGAUUUGUGGUGCGGAGUAAAUUCUACUGUCAUUAUCCGACCAGUAUUUCAAUUUCCUACUGGAUAUUCCUUCUUGUGUUGCUCAAUUUAUAUUUCAAUGUGCCGUCCUACAACAGACGGCCGACGGACGACAUGGUGGUCGUGUUUUACACCAUUUUUGUGUGUUAUACCAUGUUACCGCUCUCUAAGUGCUGGUCUCUUGUACUGGGAGCUUUGACUGUUGUUCUGCAGCUGAUUUCUUCAGGAGUUAUAGCAGAAGACAAGAAAUUUCUAGUAGGACAGCUGAUGAGUAACUUUGUGAUAUUAGUAUGUGCCAACAUCAGUGGAAUGUACCACAAGUACCUAACUGAUCUUACGCACAGAAGAACAUUUCUGGAAGCCCGCAAUUACAUUCAAUCCAUGUUUAAACUAGAACGAGAGAAAAAACAGCAGGAGGAACUGUUAAACAGUUGUAUUCCCAAUGACUUGGUGGAGGAGAUUAAGGACCUAAGUAAGAAGAUGAGAAACAGCCAGACCUCUCCAUUCCACGACCUUUAUGUUCAGCAGCACUCGGAUGUCAGUAUUUUGUAUGCAGACAUUGUGAACUUUACCCCUUUGGCUGCUGAAUGCACUGCAGAGGAACUGGUCAAGAUGUUAAAUGAACUCUUUGGUCGUUUUGACCAACUAGCAAAGAAAAAUCAGUGUAUGAGAAUAAAGAUCCUGGGUGAUUGCUACUACUGUGUGUCAGGACUACCCAACCCUAACCCCAACCAUGCCAUUAAUUGUGUUAAUAUGGGGCUACGCAUGAUUGACGCAAUCAGAGAGGUGAGGGAAGCUACAGGUGUAGAUGUAGACAUGAGGAUCGGGGUACACAGUGGAAUGGUCCUCAGCGGGGUCCUAGGGCUCUGUAAAUGGCAGUACGAUGUCUGGUCAGACGACGUCACCAUCGCUAAUCAUCUAGAAUCCGGAGGAGUUCCUGGCAAAGUGCACAUCACAAAAAGCACCUUGGAAUUCCUAUCCAAUCAGUUUGAGGUAGAGCCGGGAGCUGGUCACAUGAGAGAUGCCUACUUAGCAGAUCAUAAUAUCGAAACCUUCCUAAUCAAACCGAAAGUCCGAAAGUUUGAUGAAAACAGAACCAUUCGCUCGCGCUACGAGAGCAGCCUGCGAGCCUCACUCCGAGUCACCAAGUACCUGGAGAACUGGAAUGUAGACAAACCAUUUGCCACCCUCCAUGUCAGUCCCAUGGCAACCAAGCUGCUGAGUGUCACCAAGGAUUAUCAUGAUUUCAUGUUUAGUUUAGCCUUUCUUGAUUCUAACCUUGUAUUGAACAGUUUUGAAAAUGACCAUGGAGUUAUUGGCCCUAGUCAGCAGCUAAAUAUCGAAAUUAAUGCUGAGUUGGCAAAAAAGUCCAAAGAUCUUGUGAAGAAGUAUUCUUUCAAGUCUAUGAAGAAGCCCAAGGAGGAUUUUAACCCAAUCUUGAUGCACUUCAGUAAGCAGCAGGAGGGCGAGUACCAGCACAGACCGGACCCCUCCUUCAAGCUGGGCCUAAUCUGUGCGCUGUUCAUGUUCAUCGGAGUCGUGGUGGUGCAAGCUAUCAUGUCAACCAGAGAUGCCUUAUACAUUGUCAGUAUUGUGUGCGGUUGUGCUGUUUUUGGAUUGGUUAUCACAUGCAGUUUCUUUGCAGAAUGUUUAACACCUGUGAAAGGCAGCCCAUUGACCAAUCGACUGCUAGUAUUGGCCUGUUAUGUGACCAACAGCUUGGCCGCCCGGAUCUGUGUGGCCUCCCUGUGUGUGUUUUGUGUUUUCUUCAACUCUAUUGUGCCUGUGAUAAGUAACCAGUCUCCUCCAGAAGACAGGAGUGCCAUCAACAAUACAAAGGUUUUGUACUGGGCACACAGUAGUCUAUUUGGAAUGGUGACUACCAGCCUCUUUCUACAGAUCAGCCUCACUUUCAAGGUCAUUUUGACCAUCUGUGUUGUUAUUGGUUACAACCUAGCUUUCCAUUUUACCGAAGUAUUCCAAGUUGAAAUGUUUAUAAGAAACAGUAUUGAGCCUCUCGACAUUGCCACAGGGAUGACUGUGUAUCUGGCUGUUUUUGUGCUGACUUUGAUUUUCCAUGACAGACAGGUUGAAUAUGCCAACAGAUUGGAUUUUCUUUGGAGAAGAGAAUUCCAAUCGGAGACGGAGAAGGUCCGGAGUACUGCAGAGCAGAACAAGAAGCUCUUGGAGAACAUCCUGCCUUCCCAUGUAGCCGACUAUUUCCUAAGUGGAAACCGAAGCAAAAAUGAAUUAUAUAGUGAAUCCUAUGACAAUAUUUGUGUUAUGUUUGCAUCGAUUCCUAACUUCAAAGACUUCUACCAUCAGAAUGCAUCAAACAAAAAUGGGAUAGAAUGCAUAAGGGUCCUCAAUGAAAUCCUAGUGGAUUUUGAUCAGCUCCUGUCAAAACCAGAAUUUUCAAACAUAGAGAAGAUUAAGACAAUAGGGAGUACGUACAUGGCUGCGGCGGGCCUACAGCCGGGGCGUGAGAGUGGGAACCAGCAUGGGGAGUGCCAGAAAAAUGUCAUCGGAAUGACAGAGUUUGCCCUCAUGAUGAUGGUCAAACUAGAAGAGAUUAAUUUCAACUCGUUCAAUCAGUUCAAACUCAGAGUGGGAAUUAACCAUGGUCCAGUGAUAGCUGGAGUUAUAGGAGCCAGGAAGCCUCAGUAUGAUAUUUGGGGAGACACAGUCAAUGUUGCCAGUCGCAUGGACAGCAGUGGGGAAGCCAGUAAAAUUCAGGUUCCGUUAAAAACAGCAAAUAUACUCAUGGAAGCAGGCUUUAGAUAUGAAUACAAAGGUUUCACCAAAGUGAAAGGCAAAGAGCCGAUGCAAACCUACUUAAUUCUCCCGCCGCCUGCAGACACUUGACAGUCUUGGUUGUAAACGGAGAUGGUCAACUCUACUGACACUCUCAUGUGUUGGUUAUGACAUUAGGCUAGGUUUACAGUAUCUUUAACCAGGUCCAGUAAUAGUGGCCUCUCAGGGUCCUGUAUUUUGUCUUAAUUGUGACAAACUGUGCAACUUCGGAAUGGAGAUGAACUACAAUCAAAGAAAAAACAAAGCAGAUGUGAUCUAUGGAGAGAGAGAGAGAGAGAGAGAGAGAGAGAGAGAGAGAGAGAGAGAGAGAGAGAGAGAGCAAACAUUCAAGCACAAAAACAACAAAUCUGUAAAGUGGCGUUAUCCAUUAUGGUUGUGCAUGCAUUUGUAAAUGACUUUUCUACAAGCAAGUUGAUUGAAGUACUAAACUGUAAACAAGUAUCCUGGUUGUAAUGUUUGUGUAGUAGACAUUUUUUAUACAUGCCAUGUGCCAAUUGCCUGAUAUAACAUGUUACUGUGAUUGAAACAAUCCGUAUCGGUAUCAAAUUACUGAAAGGGGAUGAUCUCUACAAUUUGAAUGCCUUUUCUUACUUGAAACAUGGUGUCAAAUGUCUUGAUAUUACAAUGAUAUUUCUGGACUGAUGAAGACACAGAGAAUUUGCCAUCAUUUCCUUUUAAUUGUGUGUGUCAAUGUUGUAUAUGUUUUAUUUAUACAUGUACUGUAGAAACAAUUUUGCACUGUGAUACUUUAUUGGGUAUAUUAAAGGAAGACUAUCAGAGCAUUUUAAAAAAAACACUGAUUUAGUCUUCUGCUUGUGUUAUUUUCAUGUGCCCAACUUUAAAAUUUUUGAAAGGAAUUUAUUCUAGUACUGGUAGGUCCUUUUUAUAACAAAAAUUUGAAUAGAAAACCUCCAAUGUUGUACUGGUGGUUGUUUAAUUUGUAGAACAACUAAUACACGCUAGCUAGAAGAUCAAACAUUUCAUCAUGUACUGUACUUAACUUACUGUAUGCUAUGUAAUACAGUCAUAAUUAUUUUUUGUGUCUAUUUGUAUACUUUCAUAAUAUUUUCAUAUCAAAUAAACAUUUCUAAUCA